GGUGUUCAAGAACAGAACACGAGAAAGGAACGAACUGCGAAAUGGGCAUGUCGCAAACGACUUCGAGUUGUAUCUCACGCGGAUCAACUGUCGCCAGAGUGCGAGGCGUUGUAUAAAUAUUACAAAAAAGCCAAAAAACAAGUGGACUACUUCAGACGAGCCAAGAUGGCGUCUAAGUUGUCAAAAGAGGCUUCGUUCAAACAAUUAGUGGCAGGAAUGAACUCUGUGGCAAGAAAAUUUCUGUGGAUGCAGAUUAAACUCUGUACUACGAGUAAAAAAGGCAGAAGGUUUAGCCUAGAGGAGAAAGUAAUUGCACUUUCAAUUAUGAAGCAAAGCCCGAAAUGCUACAGAUUCUUGCAGAGAAUAUUCAUCCUGCCAUGCAAAACGACACUGAACAAGUUGUUAUUAAAUGUGAACAUUGAAGCUGGCAUUAAUACUCAAGUCUUUAAUGUCAUUAAACAAGAGAAAUAUGCUCGCAGCGGCUCACGUACUAGCGAUGGACGCUAAAAACCUCCUCGACGUCGUAGACUGCAUCCGAGAACGACACCCCACCAUAGACUGGCGAGUCGCACUCGAAGACCCAUCCGUCCUGUCCCCCCCAUUCUCCCCCCAACCCAACCAGUUCUCCCCCCAAAACACCCUCCAACCCUCCGUCCAAGAGGAAGCGAAGCCAGACUUCAAAAUCAACCAACCCGUUACCACUAGUCAAAUUACCACUACCGAACUACCUAAAGAACAUAGCAGCCUCCCAGUAACUUCUAACCGGGUCUCCGCUCUGAUACAUAAUUAUAAUCUGUACGGCAAUAUUAGAGAGCAACAUAUCUAUGGAAAUUCUGAAGUAGGCGGCUCUUUUCAGCACUCCUCGUCUGGUAUCGAUGAAAAAAUCGAUGGCGCGCCUUUAGAGUCGGUUAGAAGCCGCAUACAAGCCAUGUCGGGAAAGAUUGACUCGCCGCCCAUAUACUCUGUGAGCAAGAAAGUCAUUGUGGAUCAGAACGCGACCGAGCAAGGUUGAAAGCUUUAUUCGCUUGUAGCAAAGAUACAUUGAUUGAGUGAGAUGCGUAAAAUCUAAGACGAUUUCGUGCUUCGAAUUUGACAGACGAGAUGGCGCUGUACAGCUCCAUAUUGUCAUCAGUUGACGUUUGACAAUUCAGUGACCGCAAAAGUGCCGGUUAGUCGUACAGAAAGUAAACUUCCUACAAAACCGAAGUUUGACAGCGGUUCAGGGUCGAAUCAUGAUGUCCCAUUCUAAUAUAUGGCACUAUCCCUUUCGGCUAUUUCAAAAUUCAGGUAAUUAUCUUAUCUGUGGUCGUGCACGCAAAGGGACGUCCAGUUGUGUCACCCUAAUAUUUGCUCGGAACAAUGCUGAGCCGAACGGAGCCGAGUUUGCCCGAAGCUAGGAGUUUCGCACUCCUGGUACAUCGCCAUUUGUUUUGGUUGUCAAACUAAGGGGCACGUUUUCUUUUUAGACUUUACCUCUCUUACAAUCAAUUCUCUUUGCUUGUAGUUUUUGUUUUUGCCUCGGUGAGGCUGACAGCUUUACGGUAGUAUGUGCGGUAGUUUUGAGAAUAGCUAGUGAAAAGUUGUAUUGGCAGUUUUAACGCUUAUAGAAGCGACCGACGUAUAAGUUAGAUAACCCAUAACUUAGCUAAUAGGGAAUAUUAAGCAAAACUCAGCCUAGGGGGCGCUACUAGCUCAAACAGUAACCAAACCGUCAUAUUUAUUCGUAACAAGUAAUCUGUGAAAACAUGUCAAAAAACUGUCGGUAUAUAUAUAAGUUGCUCUAUGGUUUACGGUUUUCGUUAGUGCAGCAGUCUGGCGGCAGAGUAUUGCAGUAAUACUCCCUAUUUUGAAGAAUGUUGCUGAUUUUCAUAACUUUAUCCUCGAAAAGGUACAUAAGACACAACAUCGGCUGUUUUAUUUUCAACGUCGCUUCUAUACGCAGUUAUUCUCAAGGCAGUAGUGACUAGUACUUAACCGCGAUACUUUAAUUUGUUUUGAAGUUAGCAAUGCCGCUUCGAUUUUUUUCCGCGACUUUAAGCUUUGAAAGACAAUCAUACGAUUGCUCAAUAUUCUAUGUAGUAGAAUAGAUGACGAUUUAAAUUAAGUCCUGAGCUAAAUAUUGUCCAUAAUUUCGUUCAUAUGACAUGUAUGUUUCUUUAGAAGUAUUGGACUAUAUUCUCGCUUCAUUUUAAAGGAAAUUGUACCCAAGCCAAGCUGGAAUUUUCAAUAAGAUUUUCUAUCGAGAAAACUUUGUUAUCGUUUAGUAUGUCGCAAAAAUUCGAAAUUAAAACUAGUGACAUUAUUAAACAUACACGAUUAUUAAAUAGUUCGCUCAAUAGAAAAUUGAAUAGAAUAUAUCACAUAUUGGCUUAUGUGUUACUUGUUAUAUCUACCAACAUAUCAUCGGCAUUGUUGAGCUUCAAAUUAUUAUGAUGUUUCAAAUACGAAAAUUAUAAACUUUUAAUGAAAUUCAAAGAUUUUUUUCAUAGCUCAGAGUUAGGUGCAACUGGCUUCUCAAAAAUGAGCACAAAACAUUACGAAGUUAAAACCGAUUGAUAAUAUUAAUUUGUGAUAUUAUUGCCAAUAAAUUUUACCUAAUUCGAGUUAAUAUGGGCAACGGAUAAUAAAAAACACAAUAUUACUCAAUAUUACUGAGCCUAAUGUCAUAGAAAAGAGAUUAUUGUGAUUUUUGUUAUCAGUGUUGCCAUACGUAUAAUAUAAUAAGCAUCAGCACAUUCCUUAUGAUUGCACCUACCGCGUAAGUUUUCUAAUUACUCAUACAAAUUUUAUAUUUUUGGUGUAAUGUUGCAGUUUUUAUACCGCGCGAGCGAUUUGAAUCUUCCAGUAUACAGUAAAUAAUGGAAUUGUAUCGUAUUAUUUGAAUAAGGUGCAGCGCACAUGGAGUCAGGCCAUAGACAAAAAUAAAUAUUAAAGACGCAUAAACUUGUGCAAACAUUUUGGGCGCGAAUUUGAUUACCAAUGUUUUAAAUUUGGUUAUCAAGCGCUAACAUUUGAUAAUAGGGAAUAUUACCUGUAGGGGGCGCCACUGCCACAAUCUGAGGGUUUAUCGCGAAACAAGAGUCGAAAUUUCGUUAUCUAAUAUCUCUGUCACUGUUGCAUAUUCAAGCGAUAAAGAGGCAGAUAACGUAAUUUCGGAUUCGCGUUUCCCGGUAGGUCCUCUGUAAACAAACCGCCUUGAUGCAUCAAUGUUCAUAUUUUAUUAUCUCUAAAAACUUGUCAAAAAACUGUAAUACGCACAGUAUGUAUGGUAUCUAUGGUUUACUAAAAGGGCUAGUGCUGCACUCUGGUGGUAGAACAUUGCAGUAAUAUUUAGCCGUCUCCUUAAACUGAAAUAAUGUGUCUAUAAUAUUUAUUUACUUUGAGGCGUCAUUAGUAUCUCGUUGUAUAUGGUCAUAAGCACUCCAUGUGUUCUGUGAAAAGAACCUCUGUGUUGUAUAUUUUCAUUAGUUAAGGUGCCUAACUGUCACAACAUGUAAACUUUUGCAUUUAAUUUCUUCAAUAUAUCGAAUACAGCAUUUAACUGGACUCGGAUUACUUUGUAAAAAUGUACAAACCGAAUUGAUUCAUAAUUAUUAUAAUUUUUAAUCCAAAGUUUUAUUGUAAGCUUAGAUCUCAGGGACUGUAUGUAUGUCGGUUAGUUUUGUAAUUAAAAAACAGAAUUUAUUUAUUGAUCAACUUCGGUUAAUGUAUAGUUUUCCUAAUGUGUUAGAGUUAAGCAGGAUUCAUUCCAAAGUGAAGUACGUCGACGGUAAAAGCUUCGCGCUUGCUAUAUCAGUGUUGGCUUUGAGACUGUUUUACCGAAAAAAUAAAUUGUCUUUUAAUAUUUCUUAUUAUCACAACUAUUGCCUAGAAAUAAGGCCCAUCUUAUUCUAUAACAAUAACAACAGGUCACAUUUUAUAUCUACCAGUGUAACUACGAGUAUAUAAUAUUAGGUCGAAAAGCCAAGACUCUCACUAUACCUAGUCGACUGCCGGAGAUUAUUUACAAUUAUGAAAUAAAUAUAGACGUGAACUGGUUUUCGUUUAUGCAUUAAACUGAAUAAAGGACAAGUCAAUA